CUUCGCCCUCGCCCCCUGACAUCCUCUCUAUCCCUGCUUUAGGGGUUUUUCCUCUCUGACUGUGCCAUACCCUCCACCGUCUCCCCUCCUGCCUCCUGGGAUCCACUUGUCCCUGCCCUCCUCUGCGUCCUGGCCCUCCCGCUCUCUUCCGCUCUGCCCUCCCUGGCUCCUUCCACCUCCUGCCAGCUACCUUUCUCCUCCAGGUGCGCACCCCUACGCCUAGCUCCGCUGCGCGCUUGCGCUCUACGCCCAAGGGAGCCGGGCUGCAGAGCUGGAGAAACUUCCGCGGCUACAGGUGCGGUUGCCUUCGGAUCCCGGCUCCGGGCUGACACCCGCGCGGGGCUGAGACAGGUGUCUGCGCUCCCCGAGAUGGGCUGCUCCAGCAGCGCUCUCAACAAGGCCGGCGACAGCAGCAGGUUCCCUAGCGUAACUUCAAAUGAGCAUUUUUCAACCGCAGAAGAAAGUGGGUCCUGCUUUGCCCAACCAAAGCCACGUACACUGGGGAGAGAAUCUACUGUUGUUGGCAAUGUACAAAGGGAAAGCCAUCCUCCCUUACAAAAGCUGAAGGUUUCAGCAGAGCCUACAGCAAAUGGUGUUAAACCCCUCCAAGAACAGUCCCUGGCCAAGGACGUAGCCCCUGGAAGGGAUGCUGCAGACGAAUCAGGGUCCACAGAAAAGACUCAGCCUGGAGAGGGACUGAAGGAAUCUGGGCCACCUCAGCCAGGUGGCAAAGAGGAUGCCCCAGCAGCAGAAGGAAAGAAGAAAGAUGCAGGAGCAGGGACAGAAGCUGAGCCUCUAAAAGGAAAUGUGGAAGCUGAGCCUUUAGGACCAGAAGCCAAGGGUCAGCCUUUGGGGACAGCAGGAGAGAAGGACACCCUCAGAGCAGUGGAGGCCACUGAGAAUCCACAAACUGCUGCAGAGAUGAAGCCUCUAGGAGCAACUGAGAAUGUUCUGCCUCUGCAAAUAGCUGGAGAGCUACAACCUCAGGGCACAAUGGGAAAGGAUGAGCAGGCCCCGCUUCUAGAAACAAUUUCCAAAGAGAACGAAUCUCCAGAAAUAUUGGAAGGAAGUCAAUUUGUGGAAACAGCUGAAGAGCAGCAACUUCAGGCAACACUGGGAAAAGAGGAGCAGCCCCAGCUUCUAGAAACAAUUCCCAAAGAGAAUGUAACACCGGAAGUAUUGGACAGAAGUCAGCUUGUGGAAAAGCCUGUUAUGAAUGAUCCACUCCAUAAAACUCCUGAAGGUCCAGGAAACAUGGAGCAGAUUCAAUCUGAAGGAAUAGUUGGAAGCAUGGAACAUCCAGCACGAAAUGUAGAUACAGGAGCAUAUGUGGAAAUGGUCAGGAACAUCCAUACUAAUGAAGAAGACCAACACAUUGAAGGUGAGACAGGGGAAAAGGUGGAAACAGAGAUGGAGAAUGAGAAAGUGAGGGAAGGGGCUGAAACCAAAGAAGAAGAAACAGGAGAAGCGGUGAACCUUUCAACAGCCAAAUAGAUAGAAGAGUGAACCCACACAGCGCGUUAUCACAGAGAAGACAAAAAUGGUAGUGAAGCUUGUGGUUAUGUAUCUUAUCUUUCUACAUUUACAUGUUUUCUGUAAGGAGUGCGGUUAUAGAGAGACUGUUGGAACCAUAAGAAGAAUGUUUCCAUGUUCUUGAUUAUAUUGUUCUACAAAACUGCUAAGCCAUGAACAGUUUUCUUAGCUACUUAGAAUGGUUAUACAUUUAAAACGAUAAAAACCAAAGCCAAUAAAAAUUAUGUGAUUAUUUAA